AAAAAAAAAAAAAAGAAAGAAAUAUGAAUACUGAAAAUGAACCUCUUAUUGGUUCGUCUACUCAUAGACAACAAGACUUGACUUUUAUGUCUUCUUUAAAGACAACUAUGGCUUCUUCUUACUUUAACAUUCUUUUGAUAUUUGUUCCCAUGGCUCUCAUUGCCUCUUAUUCUGAUGCUUCUGCUCCUAUUGUCUUUUCUUUGAACUUUAUGGCUAUUAUUCCUUUGGCAAAACUUUUAGGUUUUGCUACUGAAGAAAUUGCUUUACGUACUGGUAGUACCAUUGGUGCUUUAUUGAAUGCUACUUUUGGAAAUGCUGUUGAACUUAUUCUUGGUAUUAUCGCUUUGAAAGAAGGAUUGAUUCGUGUGGUUCAAGCUUCCAUCUUGGGUUCCAUCUUGUCUAAUAUUUUACUAGUACUUGGGUUUUGUUUCUUGUUGGGUGGUUCCACACGCCAAGAACAAAGUUUCAAUGUGACAGCUGCUCAAACUUCAUCCUCUCUUUUGGCUCUUACUACUUUAUCUUUGUUAAUUCCUGCUGCAUUCAGUGCUACUGCUUCUACUGCUAGUGAAGCUAAAGAAGGUAUUCUCAAACUCAGUCAUGGUACUGCAUUGGUUCUUUUAUUGGUUUACGUUCUGUUUUUGUUUUUCCAGCUUAAAACUCACACAUAUUUGUAUGAAGAUGAAGCUGAUGAAGAUGAAACACCUAGUACUACCUUGUCUUUCUCCAUUGUCAGUCUCAUUGUGAUUGCUGGAUUUGUAUCUCUACAUGCUGAAUUCUUGGUCGGAGCUAUUGAGGGUGUUGUUGAUAGUUGGGGUAUUGAUGAAACAUUUGUUGGUAUCAUUUUAUUGCCUAUCGUUGGAAAUGCUGCUGAACAUGUUAGUUCUGUUACUUUUGCUCUCAAGAAUAAGAUGAAUCUCUGUAUUGGUAUUGCUGUAUCUUCUUCUCUUCAAAUUGGUUUGUUGGUAACUCCUGUAUUAGUGAUUGCUGGUUGGAUCAUUGGUCAACCUAUGACUCUCUUCUUUGAAAACUUUGAAACUGUGAUAUUAUUCUCUAGUGUUUUGAUUGUCAAUUAUUUGAUUCAAGAUGGUCGUUCCAAUUGGUUGGAAGGUGUUCAACUUUUGUCUGUUUAUGCUAUUGUUGCAUUGGCUUUCUAUGUUCAUCCUACUGCUAAAGAAUAAGGACUGUAUCCUAUGCCCUUAUUAUUAUUAAACUUUGUGUAGUUUAUUACUCAAAAACAAUAAAAUCGGCAUUACAAUUUUGAUCAAAA